AUGUUGGAAAAUUUUCGGGAAACCAUCGUACCUAAGCCUAAAGCAUUUGCCCAAAUUGUUACAGCAAACAUCACGUUUCUCGCUUAUGGAUUUGAAUGUGGCUGGAUAUCCCCCACUACUAAAAUCCUACAAUCGGAAAACUCACCGACUGGGUAUUCCUUGUCUGAUAACUCAAUCGCCUGGAUAGCUAGUUCGAUGAGUAUGUCCGCCAUAUUUGCCGUAUCGUUAUAUUCGUACAUUGCGGAUACAUAUGGAAGGAAAACUGGUAUCAUUCUCGUUGCUGUUCCUGAAGCUAUAUCCUGGAUAAUUAAACUCUCGUACGCUUCCACCACAACCUUGAUAAUUGCCAGAUUAUUCUCGGGCUUAGCGGCAGGGGGAUGUUUCAAUAUUGUACCAAUGUAUGUCAAAGAAAUAAGCCAAGACAACAUUAGAGGGAUACUUGGAACACUUCCCCAAUUAAUACAGACCGUAGGAAUAUUAGUGAUGUACUUAAUCGGAGCUAACUUUGAUUACUACACAGUGAUCAUCAGUGUUCUGGGGAUUCCUAUUAUAACCGCUCUCCUUUUCUUUAAAGCUCCUGAAUCACCUGCUUUUUUAAUAAAACAAGGCAAAAUUGAGGAAUCUACGAAGACGGUAGCUUUUCUAAGAGGCUUAAAAAAGGAUGAUAAAAUAGUUCAAAAUAUCGUAGAAACCAUGAAAAGCGAAAAUGAACGUUUUAAGUCCAAGCCUAACUUGACAAUUGCUACAAUUUUAAAAGAAAAACCCUGGCGUCGUGCGUUCCUACUCAUUAUAGGAACUUUUCUUUUCCACGGAUUAAAUGGAACAUACACCAUUUUGACAUACGCUUCUGCUAUCUUAGUCUCUACUGGGGUAAAGUUUGAAAUAGAUCCGGACACACAGACACUGAGUUUUCCAAUAGUAUCGAUUAUCGGUUCUGUGUUGUUAGCUGGAAUUGUGGAACGAUUUGGAAGGAAGACUCUUCUUUGCCUGUCAUUUUUGAUAUCGGCAUGCUCAAUGAUCCUCAUAGCGGUACUCAUGAUAUUACAAGAGCGAGGUACUGAUAUACCAGCGUGGUUGCCGGUCACAGCAAUGAUGGUAGCUGUCGCUAUGUAUGGGGGUGGCGUAUCAUCUCUACCGUAUAUCAUCAUGACUGAAAUGUUAAGUUUUCAGAUACGAGCAAAGAUUAUGGGUGUUAUCAUCACUUUUGCAUGGUUUCUAUCUUUCACUCUGGUCACGACAUACCCGCCUUUAGUAAAUGGAUUUGGACCGUACGCGCCAUUUAUAUUCUAUGGAAUUAUAAAUUUACUCGGUGCUAUAUACACUAUAAUAUUUUUAUUAGAAACAAAAGGAAAGAGCGAAGAUGAAAUCAAUGAAAUGUUAAAGGAAGGAAACAUUAAAAAUAAUUCCUCAAUC